UUCCAUCUGCAGUCAGAAGGGACUGAGGACUCAGAGGGAGAGAGUCAGCAACCGUCUCCAGAGAGAAGGCUGUUUCUCAGAAAGAAAGAAAAAAAGAAGAAGGAUACGGCAGCUGGGAGGGUUUGCAAAAGAGUAACAAGUGGUUAAUCAAAUUUAGGAGCUACUUUUUUUUUUUCUUGGAAGUUUACAAAAGGAGACACAAUGAAGCUGAAGCUGAAGCUGCCAAAUCCGGGAUUGGAUGACAGGAUCCCAUCCCACGGAGACCUGGAGAGGAUGGAGAAGGACGAGGCUGGGGACAGACCCCAGUGGGACAACAAAGCCCAGUACCUGCUCACCUGCGUGGGCUUCUGCGUGGGGCUCGGCAACGUCUGGAGGUUCCCGUACCUGUGUCAAAGUCACGGCGGAGGAGCGUUUAUGAUCCCGUUCCUGAUCCUGCUGGUUCUGGAGGGAAUCCCACUGCUGCAUUUAGAGUUCGCCAUCGGUCAACGUCUGAGGAAAGGCAGCGUGGGCGUAUGGAGAUCCAUCAAUCCUUACCUGGCAGGAGUUGGCAUUGCCUCCAUGCUGGUGUCCUUCCUGGUGGGUGUCUACUACAACACCAUCAUGGCCUGGAUCAUGUGGUAUCUCUUCAACUCCUUCCAGGACCCUCUGCCCUGGAGCCAGUGCCCACUCAAUGCUAACAGGACAGGAUACGUGGAGGAGUGUGCGCGGAGCACCACCGUCGACUACUUCUGGUACAGAGAAACGCUUAACACUUCGACAGCCAUCGAUGAGUCUGGGGGACUGCAGUGGUGGAUGGUUCUCGCCCUCAUCGCCGCCUGGACUGUGCUUUACGUCUGCUGCAUCAGGGGCAUCGAGACGACCGGCAAGGCUGUGUACAUCACCUCCACUUUGCCGUAUCUCGUCCUCACCAUCUUCCUCAUCCGGGGAUUGACUCUAAAAGGCUCUACAGAAGGAAUAAAAUACCUCUUCACACCAGAUGUAAAGGAACUAAUGAAUCCUUCAACCUGGCUGGAUGCAGGAGCCCAAGUGUUUUACUCCUUUUCGCUGGCUUUUGGAGGUCUCAUCUCUUUCUCCAGCUACAACUCUGUGCACAAUAACUGCGAGCAGGACGCUGUCCUCAUCUCCAUCAUCAACGGCUGCACUUCGGUGUACUCGGCAACGGUUAUUUACUCCAUCAUCGGCUUCAGGGCAACACAGAAAUACGAUGAAUGCUUCGGAGACAAUAUCUUGAAGUUGAUGAACGCUUUCAACUACCCUGAGAACAACAUCACCCAGAGCAACUACAACGAAAUUCUGACUUACCUCAACCACACGAGUCCGGAUGUCAUCGAGGGAUUGUCCUUACAGACCUGCAACUUGCAGACUUUCCUUAGCCAGGGUGUGGAAGGAACAGGACUGGCCUUCAUUGUCUUCACAGAAGCCAUCAUAGAGAUGCCGUUCUCCCCUCUUUGGUCUGUUCUCUUCUUCAUCAUGCUCUUCUGCCUCGGCCUCUCGACUAUGUUUGGCAGCAUUGAGGGUGUUAUAGCUCCUCUGCUGGAUCUCAAAGUGCUACCCAGGAGUUGGCCCAAAGAAGCUAUCAGCGGUCUGACGUGCUUCGUAUCCCUAGCUCUUGGACUCAUUUUCGCUCUUCGCUCUGGGAACUACUGGCUGGCUCUUUUUGACAAUUUUGCAGGCUCGAUUCCGCUCCUGGUCAUCGGAUUUUUUGAAAUGAUUUCUGUUGUCUACAUCUAUGGCAUGGAUAGGUUUAAUAAGGACCUUGAGUUUAUGAUCGGCCACAAACCCAAUAUCUUCUGGCAGGCAACGUGGAGAGUGAUCAGCCCCCUCAUCAUGAUUGUCAUUCUGAUUUUUUACUUUGUCACCCAAGUCACGAAGGAACUCACCUACCUGGUCUGGGACCAGGAGGCGGAGAACUUUCCCACCCUUGCUGAGCGUUCCUACCCACAAUGGGUCUACGUCAUGAUCUUCAUCCUGGCUGGAAUUCCCAGUUUAGCCAUACCCUUCUUUGCCCUUUACAAGCUCAUCCAGAGGAAAUUCUGCAAAAAGGACUACAGCGACAGUACAGUGGACACAAUCUCUGCCAAAAUACAAAUGAAUGACAAAAUGAAGUUUUAGAUAACUGUUCUUCGUUUGGCUAUUUAAUAUCAACAAACUUGUAAAUUAUGUUUAUUGGACUUUGCUGGUGUGUUGUAAUGACACAACAAUACGCCGACGACUCACUGUUAUCUUUGAAAGGCAAAGAUAGAGACUACUAAAUGCUCCACAAGAACAUUGCCAUUGCCGCAAGAACGACGACUACGUUCUUUCAGGCCAGGCCAAUUUGUACUUAACAACCCUUGUGCACAACUUCUAGAAAGCCAUCAUAGUUUUCCCAACAAUGUCUGUUAAGAACAAGUUUCAAGAAAUCCUAAACCAGAGCUGUAAAAGCAGAAUCAUGUCACUUUGUUCUUGCAUCCAUGGGAGAGCGAACAAAUGGCUCUGUUCUUACAAAGUAUGUAUUGGCCUUAUGUUUUAGUGUUUUUACUAAAGAAAACAUCCAAUUACCCCAUGGAAUGACAGCAGUAAAGAUAUUAUUGACUAGGUUAAGGUAUAAAGGGGAUUGUGAAUAAUGCUCUUGUGUAGUAUGAAAACGUGUUGCAUUUUGUGUACAACACUGGCAAUACAAACAGCAUGAGCGGCAUGGGCUUGUAUAUAAACAUGUACUUAAAGACAAACUAGUUAUAUCUCUGUAUGCUAGUACAGAAUAAACAUUAAAAUGAGACACUGAGCUCUGUAGAACCUUUAUUUUUUAAAUUGUUUGGGAUAAAUAAGAAUUCGUUUAAUGGGAAAGUCACAUAGCAACACAAACCAACUGUUUGAGUUGAUAAAAUAUCAGAAACAUUGUUGUAAGCACUAAAUUUAUUGAUCUUGUUUGUGGGUUCUGGUUGAUUUGAGUGGUACUGUUGACAUUUGGGAGCCUGGUUUGUAACAUGAAUUGGGGUUUCUGUUAGAUAUAUUGGGGAGGAACCAUGCUGUUCAGUGUUUCGCCCAAGCAUGAGCGGGUUUGUAUUGUCCAUGUGUUGGCUUUGCAGUGGAGGGGGGGGCAAUCAAUCCAAAGUACAUCUUUCACAUUGCCUGCUGAAUAUAUGGGUUACCCCAAUAGAACCAUGAGUGGGUUUAGUCAUGAACAGAACAUGGGGGGAUAUAAAGUAAUAUGUGAUUUGUUCGGUAAUGUUGCCUAGGGCAGUGUUUCCCAAUUCCAGUUCUCGGGGCCCCCCUGCCUGCAUGUUUUAGGUGUUUCCCUUCUGCCACACACCUGGUUGAAUCUUUGGGUGAUUAACAGGCUCCUGCAGUACUUGGUGGCUGCAGAAGAUGUCAUGCAAUCAUUUGAAUCAGCUGUUCUGGCAUAGAGGCACAUCUAAAACAUGCAGAGCAGGGGGCCCCGAGGACUGGAAUUGGGAAACACUGGCCUAGGGUACUAAAAUUGAGACACUUUGAAUGUUUGGUCAAAAAUCAUUUACAUUAUUUUUGAGUCACAUCAGUUUACUGUAGGUUACCAGCUCACUUCACGAAUCAUUUCCAGAGAAGUAGUUUGUAGUUUGAUCCUUUAAAUACACCAAGUAUUGCGCUAGUGUGGGAAAUUCUCUUUUAACUGUACCCGUUGAAAUUAUUGCUUAAGAAACACCAAUGUCUAUUUUAAACUUUAAACUACUUCAACAAAUCUUUGCAGUUUUGUUUUACUUGUCAUUAAAAGUAACAUUACAUGUUGGAUUUGUCCAGGUAUUUUCCACUUUCUGCACAUUGUAUUCUGCACUAAGCAAAAAAAUUGAAACUCAUCUUGUGAAACCAAAACUGGCAUCAUCUUUGUUUGCACAACCAACAUUUUGGAGUUAUUUGCUAACCCUAAAUGCUUCAAGUGCUGUUCCAAUAAUAUGCAACAUAGCUUAGCUAAACCUGAUAGUUAAGCUAGGCUUAUUAAAAGUUCAAUAAUUGAAAUGCCAAAAUUUUAUAACAGUUUUUGGAGUAAAUAUCUUAAACUAAUAAAAAUCCAAGUUUGUUUUUAAGCUAGUUCAGCUGCUUGUAGUUCAGACACAUUAAGCUAGCUUGCGGUUUAUGUGAGCUUCAAUGCAAAAAUGCAAAACAGACAUAAAACAACCUUAUUUCUAUGUCUUAUUUCUAUUCUUUUGAUAUUUUGUUUAAAUUGUUUUUUUCUAAUAUGUUCAAAAUGAUUGUUUAAAUAUUGUACAUAAG